AUGCGUCCACGAUUCUCUCAUCACGAAAUGGAGGCACCGAGCGGGGAGACGUCGUUGGGUGACUCUUAUAAAUACGAGGGCAAAGUGGGAGUCCGUAUGGAUCGCGGGUGUCGCGGUAUAAAGAGGAGGGGUUCUUGUGUCGUUAGGUACUCCUUUGGUUACUUGGCUUCGCGAUCAUUAAGAAUGGUGAACUCGCUUUUGAUUUUGGUGGGGUUCCUCUUGGAAGUGCACAAAGCAGGACGGUCGAGAAAUGCUUGGAGAUAUGUUCUGUCGGGGGAUUCAUACUCGCUGGCGUCGAGUAUGGCAUGGAAUGCUGUCUUUCUCAAGGAGAAUACGCCAUAUACGACUGGCCCUGCGACGAUUGUUUCGACCUAUGCCAGUGCCCCUGGUAGGACUUGGCACGUCACUGGGUGCUGGGUAGGAGAUGACGGUUGA